UUCUAUAAGGAACCCCCGAAAAAUAAUACGGAUUGAGCGUUUUCUUUACAAGAAAGCCAAAUCACAAAAAAAAAAACAUAAAAGACAAACCAUAGUUCAGACUUAAUUAAGGUGACCCAGAAAUUAAAGUAGCUUAUGUAAGCAAUUUUUGUUUAUAAAUUCAAGAGGGUAGAUAUGAAAGCAAUUUGAUAGUUUGCAGAAUUAAAAACGUAUACAUGGCCGGCCUGCCGCACGCCACCGUUGAUCAGGCCACCGGCCAAGCAUCCUCGAACCAUCCGAACAACAACGUCAUUACUUACUCCAAUCUCCAUUUUUUUGUCAACAUAUCUAAUUCCAACUUAUAAAGAAGUAUAUAUUUUAAACUUUUCAUCCCACGAUGUAAAACCGAUCAAUAAAAAGCAUGGAAUAUAAAACUAAAAAGCAUAUAAUAAUUAUUUUACUAUUUUUAUGUAUAAAAUAUAUUUCAGAAUCUUUUGGAAUUUAAAUAUAGUUCAGAAUAAGAAUGUAUACCCAAUACAAAAGCAGGCUAAAGUUGUUUUUUACCCAAAAAAAAUAAAAUAAAACAUAUUGAAACUUCCAAGAAACAAUAAUAAAUUCGUAAGCGAGUGGAAAGCACGUGGAAUAAACCCCGCACGUUCGUUAGUCAACGUACCACACCUAUAUAAACGUAAACAUACAUUCAUCUUCUCCACCACUUACACGAAACAAAACGGUAAGUCAUCUCAUCUACGCAGGAUUAGACAUAUAUACAUAAACAUAACAUCAAACGCCAUGUCGUAUUCAAGAUCAAAACGUUCAUUGGAGAUUGAGUUAAUAUCAGCGGAAGGACUCAAGGUAAAUGGAAAACCGGUGAAGAGGCAGACAUUCGGCGUGGUCAGAAUAGAUCAAGAGACUCAUCACAAAUGUAAAGUGGAUGAACAGGGUGGGAGCUAUCCUAUUUGGAAAGAUAGAAUCAAGACCGAGAUGGCUGUAGACGGGAGUGUAAGAUUUAUCUCUGUAGAGGUUUUCUAUCUAACAAGUGGCGGAGCCAAGAAGAGUGUUGGAGUCGCCAAGAUUCCGGUGACGGAUUUCAUGGGAGGAUUCACUCCUCAGGGGCAUUUGAAUUUUUUGAGUUAUAGGUUGAGAGACGAGUAUGGAGAUAAAAGUGGUAUCGUUAAUGUGUCAAUAAUGGUAAAACCUGACGUUAACGAUGUCAAAUAUGUGUCGCCGUCUCCUUUGAUGGUGCCUUCGUUGGGUUACACUGCGUGUUCUUCUCAGGCUGCUAAGGCGGUGAAUGGUCAAAUGUGGAGACCAAUGACAUCUUCAUCAAUGGCUACGACAAUUGGCUAUGGUGGUCGUGUUGUGACUGGAGUUCCUGUUAAUUGGCCGACGUAUCAACGACGGUUGUAAUUCUUUAUUUUUCUAACGCGUUUGUCUGAACAGAUAAUUCUUCAUAUUUUUUUACCAUGUACUUACUAUUCUUAAAAUUGGGGUUCUGGGUGAAAAAAAAUACGUUUGAUAAAUCAUGAAAUAUUAUAAAUUUAUUUAUUAUGAAAUAAAUAAAAAGGUUCAUUUUAUCUCU